AUGGCGACGGACAGCAAUUCUUUCUCCUCACCGCAUCACCAGGAUGUCCACUCGGCAACGACUCAAUUUGCGUCAAAUGAAAAACAAGCUGUUCUCAGAAGGCCGUAUGCUGCUUUGAAGAAUGUUAAAACUGAAGAAGUGCUCACGCAAGCAGUGCCAGAAAUUUCUUUUCAGGGCCUUCAUGACACUUCCACAUUGGCAUUAUGUCAAACACCACCUGUCAACGACGCUAGUAAGCUGCAAAAAAUAACGAUUCAUCCAAGUGCUUCAGCGAGGCGCAUCUUUCGCCGUGGUAACAGCUACGAACCUUUGUUAGCAGAGAACCCCCAACACCGCCGUCGGCGUCAGGCUGCCAAUGCCCGUGAACGCAAAAGGAUGACCAAUCUCAACGUGGCAUUCGACCGUCUUCGUGCUACUUUACCGUCCACCAGCCACAAACUCUCCAAACAUGACACUCUACAGAUGGCGCUCUCUUAUAUCUCAGAACUGCACAGUUUGCUCGACUCGUAA